AUGGAAAUACUUGAAGAAUUUGCCGUUAGUAAUGAUGCGCUAUAUGAACUUGCUGUAACUGAUGAUGCGUUAUAUGAUAAUUUUCAGAACAAUUUUGCUGUUAAUGAUACCCUAUAUAGUGACCAAAGUGAAUUUGAUAUUGUUAGAAAUGUUGAAAACAGAAAUAUGAUAAAUUGUGAAGAUGUUGAAAAUAGCGAUAUGAUUAAUUGUGAAGGUGCUAAAUACGAAAAUAUGAUGAUAUAUGACUGGUAUCAAUUGAUAAAUGAAGGUGCUCAAGGAUAUACAAUGAAGGAAGUCAAAAAGUAUAGAGGCAAACAAGAAUUUAGGAUUUGUUGUUAUCGUGUUGAAAGGUCUAAUGGUACAAUCUGGAGACGCAUAUUAGUGUAUAUGGCAGAUAAACCUUUCAUGUCUAGAAAAAACAAUUCUCAUAAGGUCAUCUAUGUUACAAAGUUAAUUAAUAAGCAUAAGAAUCAUAGUCUUAAUCGAGCACAUUAUGAUUUUCGGGAAAGUUUAGAGUUUACAGUGGAUAUGAUUAAGGAGGUUGAAUUUUUUGUAACCAAAAUGAAGUAUAGUUCUCAACAAAUUUACAAAGCUCUUGAGGAAAAUUAUUCCGUUAAGAUUUACAUACCUGUGUUAUAUUGGGUAAUUCAGCAGUUUCGUUCAAAAUCCUAUGACCAGACAAAUGAUGCUAGUCAUUUGUAUGAAGAAUUGUUAAAGAAGAAAGAAAUUGACUCCCGAUGGUAUGUUGAACAAAUUAAGAAAGUGACAUCUGAAGCUAUUCCACAUAUUAUUUUUACUGAUGCUAACCCUGCUUUGAUUGCUGCAAUACAGGAAGAAUUUCCAUUGACAAAUACUCUGCAUUGCAUGUUUCAUAUUGCAUAUAAUAUUCCUCAAAAUUUGAAAAGUAGUCUCAGAGAUUGUUAUGAUGAAUUUAUUAAGGACUUCUUUGAUAUAUAG